ACCACGCGGUGCCACUGCCCUCCCGCGGGUACCGCCCGGGCCGGCGCUCUGGGCGCGCCGCACCGGAAGGGCAGCCUCUCCAGGGCGAGCUUCAUCCCUCGCGGCCUCCGGCCCGCGGCCUCCCACUACUCCCACAUCGCGGGCGAGGCUUCCACGCACACCAUCCCGGGCCGGAAAGCCCUGGGCCAGGCAGGGACGGGCGCCCGCGGAGCGCACGCUCCACUGGUGACCUGAGACCGCGGCGGGGUGACUCAAGUUCGCCAUCUCAUCUGUAAAAUGGGAGCGUGAGGGCUGCGCAUCAGGCUGCAGCGAGAUCCUCACGGCAGAGUGGAAGGCGCAGGACCAACACUCGGACUGCCGCUUAGCAGUGACGCAUGGUGACAAUGACGGCAUUGCCCCCGCUCCAGCCACCUUUUCUACGCCGUGGUGCAGGGAGGGUCCGCCUCAUUUCCUGCCUUCCAGCCCCGCCCUUCCGCCCGGGGACCCUGCAGCGGAGCCGGGAGAGCCCUGUGAACAUGCGCACGAGCCACGCGCCGCUGCCAUUGGCCACAGGCGGGGGGCGGGCCGAUGACGCGGCGACAUAAACAGGAAGUGAGCCCUACGGUAGUCGGCCUGGGCCGGAAAGAGCGAGGGCUCGGAGUGGCUGGUCGCGGGCAGGGAAUGAAUGGGCCUUGCGAGCUCUCGGUGAGGUGGUGCGCACGGGCUCCGGCCAGGGUCUGACCGCGCAGCGGCACGGCAGGCCGCCCGCCGCAGCAUGGAGGACGACGCGCCGGUUAUCUACGGGCUGGAGUUCCAGAAGUGAAGCGUAUCAGACCGUGAAGUGGAGCAGCGGACGGUGCCAAGGAGAAGCCACGUUUCUGACUCUGACAGAGUCAGGGCAGGCAGGUGGCUGGGUGGGUCAGGCCUGUGCAGGCGAGGAAGCCUGUGCCCUCAGACCUGUGGCGGAGGCCUGCAGAUGUCGCCUUUUGGAGUCUUAAUAUUGAAGGCACGUGCGCUAACUCCUCAAACUGCAGAAGCAGAUGCCGUUCGGUUUUUGGUUGGGACACAGUCACUUAAAUAUGAUAAUCAGAUCCACAUCAUAGAUUUUGAUGAUGAAAACAACAUUAUAAAUAAAAAUGUCCUUCUGCAUCAAGCGGGUGAAAUCUGGCACAUUAGUGCCAGCCCUGCAGAUAAAGGUGUGCUGGCAACCUGCUACAAUAAGACCUCCGACAGUCGAGUCCAGGCGCGUGCGGCCGUGUGGAGGAUGCCCAAGGAGUUGGAGUCCGGCAGCCAGGAGUCCCCCGACGACUCUGCCAGCACCGCCCAGACCCUGCAGCUGCUCUGUCACCUCGACGACGCGGCCCACGGCAGCGUGGCCUGCGUCACCUGGGAGCCGAUGGGAGAUGGGAAGAAGGUCAUUUCCCUGGCCGAUAACCACAUCCUGCUCUGGGACCUGCAGGAGAGCUCCAGCCAGGCUGUGCUGGCCAGCUCGGCGUCCCUGGAAGGGAAGGGACAGCUGAAGUUCACCUCGGGGCGGUGGAGCCCCCAUCACAACUGCACCCAGGUGGCCACCGCCAGCGACACCACCCUCCGAGGCUGGGACACGCGGAGCAUGAGCCAGAUAUACUGCAUCGAGAACGCCCACGGACAGCUGGUGCGAGACCUCGACUUCAACCCUAACAAGCAGUACUACCUGGCGAGCUGCGGGGAUGACUGCAAGGUGAAGUUCUGGGACACGCGGAAUGUCACGGAGCCCGUGAGGACCCUGGAGGAGCACUCCCACUGGGUGUGGAGCGUCCGCUACAACCACUCUCAUGACCAGCUGGUCCUCACUGGCAGCAGCGACAGCAGAGUCAUCCUGUCCAACAUGGUGUCCAUCUCCUCCGAGCCCUUCGGCCAUCUGGUGGAUGACGACGAGGCCAGUGACCCGGAGGAGCACCAUGCUGACGAGAAGAGCAAGGAGCCCCUGCAGGACAAUGUCAUCGCCACGUACGAGGAGCAUGAAGACAGCGUGUACGCCGUGGACUGGUCCUCGGCUGACCCGUGGCUGUUUGCCUCUUUGAGUUACGAUGGCAGGCUGGUCAUCAACAGGGUGCCCAGGGCACUGAAGUACCACAUACUGCUCUAGCGCCUGGCACGCUGUCCUUCCUCUCAGCAAUCUCAAAUCUUUCCUGCUGUUGGAGCGCGUCCUUCUGCACACGCGUCUCUCUGGGAGGACCAGCACCACCUGCUCAGGGGAGCUUCCGCCAGUAGCACCUGACCUCCUGGGGUGGGAGGCGGGGCGCCAGCGCAGCCCAGGCGCUGGGCGCUGGGAGAUCCAGGCACACCAUCUGGUCCUUCCCCGCCGUGCUGACGGGUCCAGUGAAAUAAAGUUGGUGUGACUGCC